UAUGGUUCAUAUGCGGAGUGCGGCGACUGUGUCCAGCCCAUUCAUUACCACGCAGAGGCGGGUGUGUGUGUGUCCAUCUCCAACACCGCGAUGAUGAGAUUUCACUGAGACGGACACCGACAGUCUUAACUGCCUAAACGCAGUUAACUGUUCUAUUUGGACAUUUGAGUCUCACACAUCAAGACUUUACCCACCGCUGGAACAUCGGAAAGACACUGCGAACCAGAUGAUAUUUUAGAAUCCUUCUCGCGUUCCUGUUUUCUCACUGUCGAACGGACUUCCCGCUUUGCUUGCCCGCCCCUGUCGCAGCCUGCCUGACAGAUACUCAUGUAAUUUAAACUUCAAUAUUUAAUUUAUGUUUAGAACAUACCAAACGAAAGCAUAGCCGCAUACCGUAGCCUCUUCCUAUUGCUGAAAACGGACUCGCGUCUUGUUACCUAGCUAUAUAAUGCCGAAACAAUUGAGAUUUCGGAGAAGGUCAUUCCUAGGGCUAUUAUUCCUGUUCUCCCUCUCCACCUCCGCAUUGUACUUCAUCUACUCGGCACCCGGUAUAGUGAAUGAGUACCUGUUUAUGGUCCAGGCCCGUGGGAUCCAGAUCAAGGAGAACAUGCGGGUCAUGGGUGAAAAGGUCCUUGAACAGGUGGUGCGAAGUGCCUACAGCGCCAAUGGCACAGACUAUGCCUACGACUUUAACCUGAGUGAGCCCGACGUGCCAGUGACCCCCUUCCUGCCCGAGGGCUUCACCUACCUGCCCAGCCAGUUAUGCCCAGAGAGACUGCCCUCUAUGAAGGGUGGGGUGGACGUGAACAUGAGUGAGGUUGGCCUGGAGAUGGUGGAGAGGUCUCUGCUGCAGCAGGAGCCCAGCCUGAGCAGGGGUGGACACUGGAAACCUCACGACUGCAUCCCACACUGGAAGGUGGCGAUACUGGUGCCAUUCCGGAACCGUCACGAGCACCUGCCCGUCCUGUUCAGGCAUCUGAUACCGAUCCUACAGAGACAGCGACUGCAGUUUGCUUUCUACGUCAUUGAACAGGCGGGCAAUGAGCCGUUUAACCGCGCCAUGCUGUUCAACGUCGGUUUCAAGGAGGCCAUGAAGGACCUGGACUGGGACUGCAUGGUCUUCCACGACGUGGACCACAUCAUGGAGAACGACCGCAACUACUACGGCUGCGGAGAGAUGCCGCGACACUUUGCCGUCAAACUCAACAAGUACUCCUACAUGCUUCCAUACCACGAGUUCUUUGGCGGUGUGAGCGGUCUGACUGUGGAGCAGUUUAGGAAGAUCAAUGGCUUUCCCAAUGCAUUCUGGGGAUGGGGUGGCGAGGAUGACGACCUGUGGAACAGGGUCCAGUAUGCCGGGUACUCAGUGAGCCGACCACCUGGAGAUAUUGGUCGCUACAUGUCCAUCCCACACCACCAUCGUGGAGAAGUCCAGUUCCUUGGAAGGUACACUUUACUGCGGCGCUCCAAGGAGAGGCAGAGCCUGGACGGUCUCAACAACCUGCGCUACUCUCCUCUAGUGUCCCGGAGGACUCUCUACACUAAUGUGUCCGUUAGCCUGAGCAGAGAUAUGGCACCUGUGGACGACUACUGACCCACCCACUACACCAAACCAAGCUGCAUCGCCCACCCACACACACCCACACACCAUCCAGCCAACCUGGCCCGGGCGUGGCCAAGGACCCCC